CCGUCAAAAAUCUGCCACCAACCAGCGGAGCACUUGGGGUGCGUGAAAUUUCACUUCUUUUCCAUCGUGAAAUUCACGGCCCGUUUGUUCGUUUUUGCUGUCGGUCGUGUCCGUGGUGCGCUGGUUUAGUCCCCGCGGAAAAGGACGGUUCCAUCGACGAUUCACCGUGCUUCCGAGAUCAAGUUUUCGUUUGUCGUGCUUGCAGCAGUACGGCGAGGACAACUGCGAGGAGAUAUUUUUAGGCACCACCAACCACCACCAAUCGCCGUUGCUGCUCUCCUGGUUCUCCGUUUUGUCUAAAGAUAGAGUGAGAUUGUCAUAAUGUUCAUCUGGGACUGGUUCACCGGAGUGCUCGGUUACCUAGGGCUGUGGAAGAAAUCGGGAAAGCUGCUGUUCCUUGGGUUGGAUAAUGCGGGUAAAACGACACUACUACACAUGCUGAAGGACGAUCGACUAGCACAGCACGUUCCGACGCUCCAUCCUACGUCCGAGGAACUUUCGAUAGGAAAUAUGCGCUUCACAACUUUCGAUUUGGGUGGCCAUACACAAGCACGACGCGUUUGGAAGGACUAUUUCCCUGCAGUGGACGCGAUCGUGUUCCUGAUCGAUGCCUGGGACCGAAGCCGUUUCACGGAGAGCAAAAACGAACUCGACUCACUGCUGACGGACGAAGCACUUUCGAACUGUCCGGUGCUUAUUCUCGGCAACAAGAUCGACAAACCGGGCGCAGCGAGCGAGGACGAGCUCCGGAACUAUUUCGCGCUCUACCAGCUGACCACCGGCAAGGGGAAGGUGGCGCGCUCCGAGUUGCCCGGCCGCCCGCUAGAGCUGUUCAUGUGCUCCGUGCUGAAGCGGCAGGGUUACGGCGAAGGGUUCCGCUGGUUGGCUCAGUACAUCGACUAAUACCGCGUGUAGCUCAGCGCAAACUUUCCACUAUCCCCUUUCCUUCACCUGCAGAUAGCGUUUCGUGUUGUUUUUCCAUUUCCUCGUCCUUUCUCUUGAGUAUCAAUGGGUGCGCGGGUUUUAAAGGUAACAAAAAUACACACAGACUUGGAAGUCUGAACUCUUCCCCGCCAAGGACUUUCAGCAGUGAGUUUGUUUAGUGUGUGUGUGUGCCAGCAGAGUCGGGAUCGCGGAGAAUACUCCCUUCCUGCGAGUGAUGAACGGGCAGUCGGCACAAAUAAAAGAGGCAAAUACGAACGUCUUCGACGUUGCUAAAGUGAGCGGUAAUCGUACGCGCGGUGUGCGAAAGGAGUGCUUAAAACGAGGAGUUAGUUCGGCAGGCGAUGUUGCAUGUUCGGCUCCGUUAUCAUUCCCGGGUACAGGCGCGGGUAACUCUGGAUGGGGUGCGAAUGAGGCGAAAUAAGGUUCAAGCAUAGCCAAGGGAAACUUAAAUGUAUUUUUGCUUUAGAGAAUCCUACGCUUUCUGUUCAUCUCGUUUUUGGUUUCAUUCGAAUUGUGAAGAUUUUUUUACUUUUUUGCAUGCCAUGUAGCUAACCAUGAUCUUUGCGUAUUAGUUUAUUAGUGAAGUUUAAAAGACACAGAUAGCAAAAGGGAACAGAUCGGAUGGCUGCAGGUGUGCAGGUGAAGAACGACAAGCGUCGAACAAAUUUAUCAAAAAAAUCUUAUUAACUGGCUAAACACAACUCGAAGAGCCAUUGCGCGGGACACAACGAGCUGCUGGGCUGCAGAAAAAAAAGAAUGUUCGGUCAAAGUAAAGUAACGAUGGAGUGGAAGACAAAAUGAAAUGAAUAGUUUCUCAGCAA